UUUUUAAGAAAAAUGACUUUAUUCUUCUCUCUUUGUUGCUUCUCAAUAUCUUUUACUCCUUCAAUGAUGCUUUUCAGACGGUUGGUUGUCUCUGAUCCAUUGCGAAUCAUUCUUUUUGUUCUUGGAGCAUUUUUCUGGCUACUUUCUCUUUUGUUUACUUCAUUACUUUGGACAGUCUCAAAUAAUUUAUGUGCAAUUUUUAUUUGUUCUAUAUUGCUUCAAGAAGUUGCCAGAUCCGUUUAUUAUUUUUUACUUUACAAGGCACAAAGUGGUUUAACUAAAUUAGUUUCUGAUGGAACGGACAUUUCUGGCUUUCGUUUAAUGUUUUCAUCUAGGCAUGUCCUUGCUAUUGUUUGUGGUCUUGGUAUGGGUGUAAUGGCUUCUUUGUUUUUAUUAACAAAUAUUCUCGCUGAUUAUUCUGAUGACGGAGUUGUUGGUUUGCCAUCAGAGAUCUUUGGAAAUGGGAGCACAAAAACCGUAAAACUUCACGACAUCGAUGCUUAUUUUCCAAUUUAUUAUUCACUCUCUUGCUCCUUUUUAACUCUUUUCAACGUUCUUUGGACAAUUAAUUUAUGGGAUGGAUUACAUAAAUAUUUCCAUAAUACAAUUGAUUCUACUGUUUUGAUAAUUAUCUUUAUUCUUACAUUUAUUUUUCAUGGAACUAAUUCUUUAUUGAGUGUCUGGUUACGAAGUUCACCAAAUAAAAUUUUAUUAUCUCAACUUGCUUUACUUUUUGUUACUUCAUUUUAUUCUUCUUGUAUUAUAAAGAAUUAUAAAUUAACAAUAUUUCAGAGAAGAAAUAAUGCUGAUCUCUAA